AUGUCAGAUUUAUCAGCACAAUUAUCAGCAUUCAAAAACAAGCUUAAAAGUGGGCCUUCUGUAGCAGUGGCUAGAAAGCCAGUAAUUUCAAAGCCCAGCUCGCCAUUACCUACAACUCAAUCAAAUCCAUCAAAUACUCCUUCAAAGAGACCAAACCCAACAGACCCAACAAGCGAGGUAUACAAAAGACAUAAACCAGAGCGAACUGACCUUAGUGGAUCGCACCUAUCAACACAGUUGCACUUGGCAGUCGAGUACAUAAAGGAGCACGACCACCCGAUCAGUAUCAGCAGGCUACAAAAUACUUUAUCUUUCGAUAUUGAGCAUACGCUACUACCUUUACUCAAGGAGAUUGACAGGGUCAAAUUUGACGAGACAAAUAGAACCUUGGAAUAUGUUUCACUACACAACAUAAAGACGGCCGAUGACUUGUUGGAAUUUUUAAGAAAACAGACAACUUUCAAAGGUAUUUCCGUAAAAGAGUUGAAGGAUGGUUGGGCCGGAUGCUAUCAAGCGAUUGAUGAUUUGGAAGCAGAAGAUAAGAUUUUGGUUUUAAGGAAUAAAAAGGAGAAUGCGCCACGACUUGUUUGGGCAAAUGCCGGUGGCAAAGUUGGCGCUAUCAGUGAAGAAUUCAAAAAGAUGUGGGUCGAUGUCAAGUUACCGGAACCUGAUGUCUUGUACCAAUCGUUAAUAGACCAAGGAUUGAAACCAACUGGAGCAGACCCAAGUUUGGUUAACAAGAUGCCACAGCAACAGGAAAAGAAGCAGAAAAAGGCACGCAGAGGAAAGAUCACUAAUACACAUAUGAAGGGAAUUUUAAAAGAUUACAGUCAGUUGGUAUAG